UAACAAAUAAGUUUGAUUAAAAAGAAGAAAUUGAUUUUGUUAAUUAAGGAUAUAUUUCACGUGGAUAAUAAUAACAUGGGAUUUCAAUUUCGAGAGUUAGUUUAAACAAAUUACGUUACACGCAAUAUACGAGCAAAGUAUAAAAAGACGACACUAAUCGUCAAGAGGAAAGUGUUCGAUAUACCGAGAUGUUUAUUUCCGUGUGAAAAAUGAUUAAUAGUUUUCCCAUAGGGAGAAGGAGGACCAUGGGAAAGUUUAAAACGAGACUUAAUCACGAACACAAAUAAUCCGGUUUAAUAAUUUAUUUUCACAUCGGUUUGUUUAAAAGGAUUCAUUUAUCUGUCUAUCUUCCUCUAUCUUUUUUGUUUUGUUUGUUUUUAAUUCGUCACGCACGAAGUGUCGAAAGGGUUUCGAUCUUUACGCUCGAAGGAUGACAAAUAACGACCUCGUUUUAAUACGAAAUUAGAUUUAUCAUCUAAUACAAAAUAAUACAUUUUGAAUAAUCGAUCAUAUUGUGUUUAUUAAACGAAUCUGGUAAAUCCAAAAUUAUUUUACAUUAAAUGCAAAUUAACAAUAUAUUAGGGUGAACCAAAACAUAUAAAAGUUAUUUUAUAUUGACUUGAAAAGAAAAAAAGAAAAAGAAACAAUACGAAUAAACGCACGAACAUUUAUUUGGUUCAGCCUAAUAAUUAAAUUAGCAAUCACAGAUAAAUAAGAUUGAAAUUAUCAAGAUAUUUCUUCAACAGAUUACAAGAUUGUAAUCUAAAAUUGUUCCCUUUUAAUAAUCCUUUUUUCGUGGGUGGAUAUUUUUAAUAUUUGUAAUAACAACUCUCAAUGGAGGAAUCACGGACAACGAAAACAAACGAACAAGUACUCACUAUGUCAGAUUCUGUGUCUGAUGCUAGCACGAGUACAAUUACGCCGACAUCAGGAUCGUUUUCAGGCAAACAGCAAUACGAUACUAUUCCAAAGAAGCCAACUUAUUUGAGAGACAGAGAGAGGAUUAUUUAUCCAAGAAAUACGAGAACGUUACCGAAAACAAUAGUAUCUGGUGGUACACCUAUUAACGAGGAAACUUGUAUGAUGUUGAGAACAUUGAUAUUUGGUAGCUGUGCUUGUCCACCUAGAGCAGAAUGGGCUAGAACAGGCUUGACCUUAAGACCUUAUGGUCAGAAUUUAGCUUUUGGAUUAAGAACACCAAGGAAUACGACUAGAGGUCUCAUUACCGCGGUUCAAGCUAUCAUGUUGAAACAUUUUUUAUUCAAAUGUAACACCCAAGACAGUCGUAUAAGUCCGGACAUCUUACUGAAACCUUCCUAUGACAGACAAGUUGAAGUCCUGUGCCUUGCGAUAUCAGAAAUAAUUUGGCGUUGCGCCGGUGGUUUCGUUUCUGUUAACAAUCAGAAUAGCAGCUGCAGCAACCUCGAUACAAAAAGUGUCAGCGUGCCAAAGGCAAUCGUUGCAUUACCACAAAAGACACCCUAUCUGCAACAUAGCGUGCAGUAUUUUCAGGAUGGUUUGACGGAGACAUUGCAUCUAUUCGAGUUCACCUCAAUAGAAGAUCUUCAAAUAUUCAUCAAGAGGUACUUAUACUUGUUUCAGGACGAAGGUGGACCAGGCGCAAAAUUGUUAAUUUACAGUGCAGUUUUAUCGAGAGGUUUAACUAAAGUUCAAAACGACCUGGAAGAUCAAAAAGCUUCUAUACUAAGCGGAUGUCCUGAAGAGGGACCGAUCAGUGUCGUGGUGUUUAUGUUAACCGGGCGGGCGUCUCCUCAUCUUCAUAACGGUGUUAUUAAUGUCGGGGAUGAGAAUACUUACGCUGUACCACAAUGGGGUAUUCUCGUAAGAAGCGAAGUUGGUUUUUUAAUUCACGAGGGUGAUGGUCAAACUAGCAAAGUACCUGGUUCCAGAUUAAAAACUCCAAGUUUACCGAUAUGGGUUACUUUAUGUCAUGGUCAUCAUGGUGUUCUAUUUAAUACUAACAAGGAAUUGUUAAGAAAUUAUCAUGCGGAAAGACGAUUCGAGGUGCAGUAUUUCGCUUGUGGUGGAAGUCAUGCAACAUUGACCGUUGAUACAAGGGCUAACGAAAAUGCAUCGGGUGUUGAAUCAAUGAGCAAGGAAUCCAUUGAUAUAGCUGCUACACCAUUGGAAAAACUUAUUCGUUCUAAAUGGCAGGAUGCACAAAUACAAUGGAACGGUGCACCAUUGAUGUAAUAGUUCAUUCUAAUUAAAUUUGAACUAUUUUAUAUUAGAUUUCGAAUAAAGUAAAGUCCUACGUUUAUUUUGUUAUAAGAAAUCGUUUAUUUGCGAACGUGGGAUAGGAAAAAGCGGAUCGUUCCAUUCCGGGGAUGACAAUUCCCGUAGCUCAUCGUCGUCGUUGAACCGUCUCGAAUCUUCCAUCCGUGAAAUCGACAAGUAUGGUUCUUUCAUAUCGUGAGAAAUAACUAUUUUUACGUUGUACUUUGAAUUUGCAUCUUUAUCUGGAAACUGGUAUUAUUCGAUGGAACUAGCAUCCAAUAUUUUGUCGAAAUAUAUUUUUGAUUAAAUGCCAAUAUUUAUGAUAGAUCUACUUUUGUAACGGGGGUUUUUGAGGUUAUACUUCUUUUGGCGCGUUUUGGAAAGUGAAGUUAGAUGCGACCGAAAAAUUCGACACCAGGAAGUUGUCGAUAUUUACAAUGCGCGGACAUAUUUAAGUUAUUCUUGAGGUUAUUAAGGUUAUAUUCGUUUUGGUACGCUAAAGAAGUAAAGUGAAUUACAUUAGAAUAACAUGUAUUACUAA